UCGGCAGUGUAGUGCUGUAGUGCCCGUGAACGUUGUGUGCGUGUGCGUGGUCCGUCUGUCGUGUGCAUUAAUCACAAACGAUAUUGUUAUCAGAACGAUAUGGUAGUGCAAAGUUCGACCGUCUUCGUCGCGGGUAUCGUGAAAUAAAAAUUAAAAGAUAAAACCGACCUGUACUCGGCGCGUGUGGUCUGUUCAAUCUACGUCAGUCGUUCGUUCAUAUUAUUACAUCGUCCGAAAACGAUCGCGACCGUCUGUGUCGAGUGCUCUCGUGUGUUUGCCGUUUGGUGAAAAUGGUAAAUUAAUAUGAAUCCGCGAGUUCAGUGCCCGUGAUGUAGUGUCGAAAUCCGCCGUCGUCGGUAUAGUUGCUCAAUUUUUUUUUUGUCAUUAUCGUUAUGUUUUAUUAUUGUUGUUGUUAUUAUUAUUAUUGUGACGAGGUGAAACGACACGCGUUAGGCGUUCGCAAAUUUUGAUCGCACGGCCGGUGAUAAAAUAUCUAUAUAGUAUAAUAUAGUGUAUUGCAUUUAAUUCGUGCGUGUGAAUAAAUUCCGAUAUAUUUCUCGAAAGAAAUAUGACAACUCGCUGCUUAUUAAAUUUAGGAGUUGUGCAACUAAAGUGCAAGUUGCAACGGUGGCAUUCAUAAAUAAAGUGUUUCUGUCGGUUUUCACAAAUGACAUCGCUAACGCAUCGGACAGCACCGACAACACGACUGGAGCGAAUAAGACUUUGAGGGGCCUCGAGCCCCUGUGGGAUGGACUGCCGUGGCGACGAGCUCAUUCAACACAAUAACAGAACGGCGGCACAAGCUGUGCCUUUUCAAUACCUCAUCAACGAACAGGCAAAGUCUAUCCUCGCUCUACAGGAAUUACAGAAUGAAGUCGGCGCGCUGUUGGAGUUUAGGGACCUGGUCAUGGACACGUUCCCGCACCUGCGUCACAAGCAGGCGUCCAGCCCGGAGCCGAGCUCGGGGUCGCAGGGCGUCGGUUCCGGGGAGAGCCGUUGGGAGCCCGGGGUGCGUGUCCGCCGGAAGUUGCAGGGCCCGUCGUCCGGAUGGAUCGCCGGCGGCGGCGCCGGGUCCGGGGGCGGUGGAUCCGGCGGCGUCGGGCUGGUGGCCGCGUCGGGGGCGGCGCCGCGGAGUCGGAGCAACAGUCACGGGAAGGGUCCGAAGAGCGGCGAACCGGCGGCCGCCUCGUCGGUGGGCACCGUGCAGGACAGCGGUUUCUGCACGGAGAGCAAGGACAGCAGCUCGACGAGUUCGCGGACCACGAUGACCACCAAGAACUGCGGCAAGGACGACGACGAGGACGAGCUGUGGAGCCUGCUGGAGAUGAUCCAGGACAAGGGCACCAAGCUCAAGCUGGAGGUGGAGUCGCUGCAGAACCGGUUGCUGGUGGACGACGAGCGGUUGCGGCGACGCCGGCGCCGGUUGCGACUGCGGCCGUGCCGGAGCGUGGACGACCUGCAGUCGGGACAGCCGCUGGACGGCGACGACCCGCAGCGCGCCUGCUGCACCACCGGCGCCGAUUACGACGUGUUCCGGGCGCACGUGGCGAUCGUGAAACGCGAACGGGACGCGCUGCUCGACCGGGUCACCGAAAUGGAAGCGGAGAGCCUGUCCAACGCCGCGCAAAUCCACCGACUGCUCGCCGAACUCAAGGCGGUGGUGUGCGAGAACAGGGAACUCGAAGAACGGCUGUGCGGCGGCAAGUCGCCGUCGGCCGCCGCCGCCAUAGCCGCCGAGACGGUCGCGGCGAGAAAAUCGUCAUCUAGUCAUAACGGCGGCUUCGCUCCGGUUCAGCCGGAAUCGUCGACGGGGCCCAGCUCGUCGUCGGCGGGCCGCGACGCGUUCUACACGCCCAGCCAACACUCGGCCUGCAACCUGUCGUCCAUCGAACUGCAGUGCGGCAAACUGCACGACGGUUCGUCGUCCGCGUCCUGCGCGUCCUUGUCCUCGUCGUCCGCCAUCGUCGACGACGACCUGCACGACGGCCAGGACCGCCAACGGUCCAGGAGGGUCCUGCUGGUCCGACCGUCCGACCCCAUUUCCCGGAACCUGGAGGGACGCGCCCAAUCGCCGCCCUUGCAGGACAUCGGGUCGCCCACGUUCGCCAAACGGUUGGGCGCCCUGGACGGCGUCGUCAGCAGCCCCGGCGACAGGAUCGGCAAACCCCACGCACCGGGCUUCGGCACGCCGUUGCCCAAACGAACGCUGGCCGCCAUACUCAAAACGUUCAAUCCGAUCGAACUCCAGCGCCACCUCAUCACCGUGUCCUAUGAGAACAAGAAUCUCGUGCGUCAGAUGGAGAUGUUGAACAUUUCCAAAAGCAACGUUUCCAACGAGUUGAACAAGAGCAAAGAGGACAACGAAGAGCUAAAAUUCCAACUGGAGGAGAAGCGCAUCGAGCUGGAAGGGACUAUGGCCCGGGUGAGGCUGUUGCAGUUGCACCAGGAACAGCAACAACACGGUCCCGUAGUGGCGGGAUCGCAGUCGGCCGGCACCGCUGCCACCGCGACCACCAACAACCAAUGGCUGGACCUGGUGCCAUCGAAUCCGAUUCUACCUCAGAUCGCACUGCCGGGAACGCCGUCGGCGUUGGUAUCCACACCGCACACAAACAACAACCACCACCAUCACCACCACCACCUGAACCACAGUCAGGACGAGAACGGUGGCAGCAGCAGCACCGAGUCGGCGCAUCAAACCCGCAGCGGAGGCAGACACGGCUCGCAGCAUCAACCCAGCAAGAUACCGGUGGUCAAGCCGUCGUCGUGCCCGGUGCCGUCCAGGACGACGUCAUCUUACCGAGGGGACGCUCAACAGUGCCAGUCGUGGACCAAAUGCAAGUCGGACCAAUCGUUGCCUCGCAACUGGGAGUCCAUCAACAACAAGAGCAACGGCGGCUCGUCCAUCGGCAGUGGCGUCGGCGUCGGCGUCAAACAGCGCGGCGGUAACAAAGCAUCAGCCGACUCGUCGCAGAAUCACCACCCGCAGCAACAACACAGGUCCCGAAGGGAUUCGUCCGGCGGGGGAGCGUCCUUGACUCGAGCCCGAUCGCAAAACAAUCACGCUCACCAGCGCGGCUCCGUGGGGUCGUCGUCGUCGUCGGUGUCGGUGACCAAAGACUUUAACAGGACUUCGUCGGCGGCGAGUCAACAGCCGGCGGCCGACGAUACCAACAAGCCCGCUGCCAAGAAACUCUUCCGGCGCCGUAACCUCGUACGUCAGAGCCGCGGUUUGAUGGAAGCCUGCAAGAAGCCUGUCCUGCCAGCUGUAGACGAAGUACAAGAACCUCCGGAUUCCAUGGCCGUCCGACCUCGCGACUUGGACGACGGGGACGACGACGAGUUUUUCUUCGACAGCAUCGAAAGUAGUCUGGCCACGAGCGCCUGCAGCUCUAGACCACCGCCGCCCGAAUGCGAUUCAAUCGAUCUAUCGCAACCCGAUUCUUCGUUGACGGCCACUUGACCGAUGACGGUUUUCCGUCAUAAAAAUAAUAUGAUAGUUAUUUUAUUAUACACACAAAAAAUAUAUAUACUUAAGUACUUUACCUAUAUAUACGACGACGAAAUAGAAAAAAAAUGAUAUAUUUUGCCAUUUUUUUUUUUUUUUUACUUUCGUCUUUAACGUAUAUUAACAUGAUAUACAUCGUCAUAUCCUCCUAUAUAUGUAACGUAACACACAUAUCAUCAUCAUCAUCAUCAUUGAUAUACCAUUGAACACCACAAUUCAAUCCUUUUCGCGUCCUCGACAUGGCGUCUGUUGCAUAUAUCUAUUAUAUAUAUACUGCUGCACGCCUGCACAUAUCUCGAGACGAUAUUCCGGAGUUGACGAUGAUUAUAUUGCCAUAGCACACGCGCAUAUAUAACGUACACAAUAUUAUCAGAACGAGUAUAAUACAUAUAUUUAUAUAUAUAGUUUAUGUAUGUAUAAUUUUUUUAAGUGUUUUUAUAUAUAUCAAAUCAAUGUUUUGACGAUAAAUCAUUCGUUUGCCAUCCUUACACGAUAAUUAUUUGUCUUUAUAUUUAUAUGAGAUUACGCGUCUAUAUUAUGUAUAUUAUUAUAAUAUAAUUAUAUUAUCGUCAUGUUAUAUUAUUAUAAUUUUGUUUAAUUACUUUUGUGGUGCUCUAUUACGGUUGGAGAAAUUGAAAUGUAAUACAUAUUAUACAAUACGCGUGUAUACUGCAGUACCUAUAUCUAUACCCAUUUACAAUGUUAUGUAAUCGGAAAAAAAUGUACGUACUUAUUUUUUUCUGUCCGAGUCACUCGACAUUCCAGACAUUAACAUAUUGCAUAUUAUUUUUUUUAUAUAUAUUAUUGUUUUCCAUGAAUCACAUUUAUGUUAUAAAUCUAGACUGAUUAUUGCGUAGUAAUUGUAUAAUCUAAAUCCAACCCCGACGUUUUUCUCGUUAGUCGAUCCUCUCACCCUGCGCCAUCGAGAAUUGAUUGUACAUUUUCUAAUACACACAUUUGUUUUGAAACCCGUGGGUUUGUUUUUACUGCAAACUUUACACGGAAAACAGUUUUCUAUUUUUUAUUGUUUACACGCAUAUAAAAUAAAAAUUUAACGUAUAAAUCCACGGUAAUGGGGUCAUAUGUAUCUCCCGUUCGCUGUAUAAAAUAUAUAACCUUCCUUAAUCGCCCUACCGCCCUUUUUCUCCAAUACAAAAUCUUAUAUUAUAUACUUAAGUUAAAUGAAUAAAAACAAAGCUCACUGAUGAUAUAAUACUUACAUAAUACGUGUAAGUGUCACAUUAAUUUUUAUUAUUUUUAUUAUUAUUAUUUAAAAAAAAACAUUAAAUCAUAAAUUAUUAUUAUUAUUGCGUAAUUUUGUAUAACCACACAAAAAAAUAUUUAUUUUUAAAAAGAAAUUUAUAUUUAAAAUAUAUUAUAAUUAUUGUUAUUAUACCUAUAUAUAUAUAUGUUAUUUAUGUUGUAAAUGUAUUUUUUUUCUUUUCUUUUUUUAUGUAGUGUUAUUAUAGAUAAUAUUUUUGUGUGAAAAAAACUAUAAAUACACAAUAUGUGUGUUAUAAAACAGCCGAUAUAUGUGUAUAUGUUUCGAAAAGAACUGUACAAUAAACUCGUGAUCUUAGUCAAUA